UGCAAAGCAAGAAGGCCACUUCACUUUGUAAGCCGAGUAAAAUUUCCCAAAUCAAUUCAACAACUCCUUUUAAAACUCCAUUAUAUGCUGGGGUUUUACUUUGUAUUUUUAUGAUGAGCCAAGAAAGUUUUAGUUUGGUUUCGAAUCGGCUUAAGUACAAACUUGUGGUUAUACUUCAGUAAGCCGACUCUAGAAUACUCAUUUGCGUAAUGGACCAGUAUCAUGAUUUAGAAAAACAGCCUACCGUCCUGAAUAAAAAUCUCAAUAGAAGACUCUCAAUACAGAACUUUGGUCUGAACAAAAACUGGAGCAAGCAGAUUAACGACAUUGAAAAACARAAGUCAAAUCAUGGUUCGCGACUYGAUGGCGAGAUCAACAAAGUUCUCCGUUACAGAAACUCUUUAGCUGAGACAACUGGAAGACUCUCUGAAACUGAACAGCUGAUUCUUCCUACAAUAUCCUUUUCUACGGACAACCCGAGAAGAAAAGUGAGCUCUGUGAAUUACCCUAGCAUCGUUGAUGACAUUUUCCUACGAGAGGACAAGAAUCAGAAAACAAAUCAACUUCAAAAGAUGAAAUAUGCCCGAAACAGAGUCGACUCGUUGACAAAAGAGACAACAAGUUUUGAAAACAAAAAAAUYGGUCGCCGCAAAUCGAGUUACUCAUUGCUGGAGUUAAAACAGUUUGUAUCUCAGCAGUAUUCAAGUCAUGCAGAUGGAGGACACCCAAARACGAUCGAAGAAGGUGAAACCGACCAAGACACUCCAAAAAAUAAUCACUUAUGGCUUGAUGAAGGCGAAGUACUCCCUAUCAAACUGCCUCCUGUAGCGCAUAUCUGGAAACUUCCUAAAAUCUAUGACCAAGCUGUCAGAAAAGUCGAAGUACGAAACUUUGAACGGGAUGAUGCAUUUGUACAGCGAGCCACAGGAAAAGACGCUGAUCACAGCGAUAUGAAGUUCUGUAGGUACCUGAGGGUCCCACAACCCAAAAAGGGACGUCUUCGAUCAAAUACUAAAUAGUGUACAUACAUAGAAAUCUUGUUAAGUUAUUGCUGACUUUUUAUAUAAAUUGAAAGUUGUAUGAAUUGUUUCUAAUUUUCUUUGUUUACAUACACUUUGAUAAUGCACAAUGAUUUGGUUCGAUCCGAUAAAUGUCCGUAUAUCA